CCUGGCUCUUUCAAGAUGGAGGACAAACCUGUGGGAGAGCCUACUCAAGUGGCAUCUAAAUUCAAACUUUCCAACAAGGUCGAGAGCACAGGACACUGGCUGGUGGACGAUCAUGCUCGGAUAUGGGAAGUUUUAAAGACAGAGGAGAGCUCGAUUCAGGACUGGGGUGAAGAGGUAGAGGAAGGCGCUGUUUACCAUGUCACCCUCAAAAGAGUCCAGAUUCAACAGGCUGCCAAUAAAGGAGCAAGAUGGCUAGGGGUUGAAGGGGACCAGCUGCCUCCAGGACAUACCGUCAGUCAGUACGAAACCUGUAAGAUCAGGACCAUCAAAGCUGGAACCUUGGAGAAGCUGGUGGAGAACCUGCUGACGGCUUUUGGGGACAAUGACUUUACCUACAUCAGCAUCUUUCUGUCAACGUACAGAGGCUUUGCCUCCACUAAAGAGGUGCUUGAGCUGCUGCUGGACAGGUAUGGAAACCUGACAAGUCCAAACUAUGAAGAAGAUGGAAGCCCAAGUUCAUCAGAGUCUAAGACGGUGAUCCGGAAUGCCAUCGCCUCUAUCCUGAGGGCCUGGCUUGACCAGUGUGCAGAGGACUUCCGGGAGCCCCCUCACUUCCCUUGCUUACAGAAACUGCUGGAUUAUCUCAAACGGAUGAUGCCCGGCUCUGAUCCAGAGAGAAGAGCACAAAAUCUUCUUGAACAGUUUCAGAAGCAAGAAGUGGAAACUGACAAUGGGUUUCCCAGCACCAUCUUCUUCAGCCUGGAGGAGGAAGAGGAACUGGAAGUUGGAGGGCCUGCAGAAUUCACCAGCUUCCCAGAAGAUCUCGUGGCAGAGCAGCUGACCUAUAUGGAUGCACAACUGUUCAAGAAAGUAGUGCCUCACCACUGCCUGGGCUGCAUCUGGUCUCGACGGGAUAAGAAGGAAAACAAACAUUUGGCUCCUACGAUCCGCGCUACCAUCUCUCAGUUUAACACGCUCACCAAGUGCGUUGCCAGCACCGUCCUGGGGGGCAAAGAACUCAAAACUCAGCAGCGAGCCAAAGUCAUCGAGAAGUGGAUUAACAUUGCUCACGAAUGUAGGAUCCUGAAGAAUUUUUCCUCCUUGAGGGCCAUCAUUUCUGCACUGCAGUCCAAUUCCAUCUAUAGGUUAAAAAAGACCUGGGCCGCCGUCCCCAAGGACCGGAUGCUGAUGUUUGAAGAACUUUCAGAUAUCUUCUCAGACCAUAAUAACCAUUUGACCAGCCGGGAACUUCUGAUGAAGGAAGGAACCUCAAAGUUUGCAAACCUGGACAGCAGUGUGAAAGAAAACCAGAAGCGGACCCAGAGGAGACUUCAGCUCCAGAAGGAUAUGGGUGUGAUGCAGGGAACUGUGCCCUACCUAGGCACCUUCCUGACUGACCUCACCAUGCUUGACACUGCUCUUCAGGACUAUAUCGAGGGUGGGCUGAUAAACUUUGAGAAAAGGAGAAGGGAAUUUGAAGUGAUUGCCCAAAUCAAGCUCUUGCAAUCUGCCUGCAACAGCUAUUGUAUGACACCAGACCCAAAGUUCAUCCAGUGGUUCCAGAGGCAGCAGCUUCUCACCGAGGAGGAGAGCUACGCCCUGUCCUGUGAGAUCGAAGCAGCUGCUGACGCCAGCGCCACGUCGCCCAAGCCUCGGAAGAGCAUGGUGAAGAGGCUCAGCCUACUCUUCCUGGGGUCGGACAUCAUUACCAGUAGCACUCCCACCAAAGAGCAGCCCAAGUCCACUGCCAGUGGGAGCUCUGGCGAAAGCAUGGACUCCGUCAGUGUGUCAUCCUGCGAGUCUAACCACUCGGAGGCGGAGGAGGGCUCUAUCACUCCCAUGGACACCCCUGAUGAACCUCAGAAAAAGCUCUCCGAGUCUUCCUCCUCAUGUUCCUCUAUCCAUUCCAUGGACACAACUUCCUCAGGGAUGUCGUCCUUAAUGAACCCCCUCUCCUCCCCUCCGUCCUGCAACAACAACCCUAAAAUUCACAAGCGCUCAGUGUCCGUGACGUCCAUUACCUCGACAGUGUUGCCUCCCGUUUACAACCAACAGAAUGAAGACACCUGCAUAAUCCGCAUCAGUGUUGAGGACAACAAUGGGAACAUGUACAAGAGCAUCAUGCUGACGAGCCAGGACAAGACCCCUGCCGUGAUCCAGAGGGCGAUGCUGAAGCACAAUCUGGACUCAGACCCGGCCGAGGAGUACGAGCUGGUGCAGGUCAUCUCGGAGGACAAAGAACUCGUGAUCCCGGACUCGGCCAACGUCUUUUAUGCCAUGAACAGCCAAGUGAACUUUGACUUCAUUUUACGCAAGAAGAACCCCAUGGAAGAACAAGUGAAAUUGCGUAGCCGGACCAGCUUGACAUUGCCCAGGACAGCUAAGCGGGGCUGCUGGAGCAACAGGCACAGCAAAGUCACCCUCUGAAGGGAGGGGCCGGGGCCCCCUUGCCGGCCAAAGGCGGAGCGGGGCUGAGAACAGGCCGUGGUGAUCGCAACGACCAUCCAGUGUUAGAGCAUCGUGGUGAAGUCAGCUGGUAUUUAUCGAGUACCUCUGGUGUGCAAGGCACGAGGAUAGGCAUUGUGGGGAGAUUGGAGAUGAGUUUGACAAUGCAAUGGAUGAAUGUUUCACUGGUUCUCUUUGACCUAUUUGAGACUGAAAUGCAAAAUUACCCACUUUUAUAAAUAUAUAUAUAUAUAUGUACACAUAUUAGGGAUGUAUGUGUGCAUAUAUAUAAAUAUAUGAGGGACUUAUGGGAUAUUCUGGACUAUGGAAAAACAAAUUUGCACAAUGGCCUGGGAUGUCGAGGUCACUUUUUACAGGGAAAUAGAAAGAACUGAAAACCGAGUCUCAUACCUUCCAACUAAACAGAAUCAAUCCUGGGAAUACAGAGUGUCCUUUGUGCCAGUAUUAUAAGAAGUCCAAACCGUUUUUAUCAAGGGGGAAAAAUUCCCUUUUCCAACAAGUGCCACCAGAACAUCAGAGCUGCGGAGGCCGGGCGGCCACGGCUGAAUGAAAGGCCACUUCAGAAAGGGUUUGGAUAAGCCAGUGGCUUUCGACCUCUGCCUGCAUCUGCCGCCUUCUGCAACCCCAGGGGGCAGAGGGCGACAAGGAGGCCCAUCUGACCCGCCAGUUCUGCCAUCGUGACACCUCUGGAGUCAACAUGAGCCCGUUUUGAUUUCUGGCAUUGUGUUCUGCCCCAUCCCUGACCCCAACAAACAGGUCGCAGUCCUGACCGCACAAAUAGCCAUGCUCUUUGGUACCCUCUCAGCCAGAAGAGAAAGCACAAAGGAACGGUGACUCGUUUGGACUCUUACCUGUCUCGGAAUGCCACUACUCCGUUGCCAUUUCUGAUCGCCGCCUUCUGCGCGUAGAACUGUACGUCUGGAGUGUCUCGCCAUCUGGAUCGUCGAACCUCGCUGUGACGUACAAUGUGCUCCUCAGGUGUAGAAAUUCCUACUUGCGAUGGACUCUGUCGGAUCAUUUUGAGGCUGUGAAGCUUUCUGAACAGCAAGUGCUCUGUCAGCCGCCCCUCAGAAGAGGUUCCCCGCUCACAGCAGCGUCCUGUUUUACCUACUAACCUUUAUAGCAUUACUGUGCCUAUCCCGGGGAAAGAAACGGGGCCACGUAUAUCAUUGAGAUCAUUUCUAAUGAGGUACAUUUCUUUCCCAUGGAAUCAAUAACAUUUUUUUUUCAGGUCCCCACAGUUGCCAUCACAGUGUUACUGUUAAAUGACAUUUUUGUCUCUCAGAACACCAUCACCCUCUCCCUUUCAAAUUUGAGCUGUGCUGGGGUUUGACCUAAAAAGCCAUAAUGUGGGAUAUCGACAUGUGUAAGAAGCACUUUCAGAAUGUCCUUUUUAAGAAAAAAAAAAAAUCUCAAAAUAUCCGUUUUUAUUCCAAAAAUAAAGAGAACCAACCAGGAUACAAAGUAUAGAUUGUAACAUGAAGCUUUUUUUUUUUUUUCUUUUUCCUGAUCCCGUUAAGACGGCUCCCAAAGGUUAUGUGAGAUUUCUGUCAUGUAAAUAGCCAUAUGAAAUCUGCAAGAAACACCAGGGAAGUUUAGAGACGUGUGGCGGUGGACCAAAGAAUGAGCCAGGAAGGCCUCACAUUUCCUUUAGGUCUUCCUAGCCGCUUAGACCAUGCAUUGGAACACGGACCGGGUUUCAGCUGGUCGAAAAGCACUUUCUUCGGUUUGCAAGGCUCGUCCGAUUUGUGCUUCUGUGCUUGGAGGAGAGAUCGCCAGGGUGCUAGACAUCGUGGAGAUUGGAGUAAACGUAGCCUCAGCCUGAAUUUCUUGGUUUGCAGGUCGCAAAAUAUUAGGACCGUUGGCCUGGUUUAGGGUGUGGCUGCGAAGACCUACGUGUUGCGCCCGUGUGCUCACCCUCUGUAUUGUACUGUAUAUGUAGAGUCUAGAUUUAUAUACUGCAAUGUAAAGAAAUAUAUAUAUAUAUUUUCCUUUUUUAAAGACAAUGGAAAUUCCAAGUAGAUAAAACAUAGCCUCAUUUAUUUAAUGCCACUUUCAAUGUGUUAAAUUUGUUUCCUGGUGGACAGCCGGGUAAUGCUCUUAGCUGCUCGCAUGCUUGUCUUUCUGCAUCUCCAUCGUCUGUUUACCUUUUGGUUAAACUAAUAAACUGGUUUGGGACUUGGUUGGCCUGUGCUGCCGGACCCCAA